AUGAUCGCAAACGGGUCGCCCUACUGCUUACAAACCUCGCCGAAUGGACAUCGAUGCUUCGGCCGCCCCAGGGUUCACGCUCUGCUAGCAUGGCUUUCCACCCGAGUCCUCCGCGGGGGACCCCGUCUGCUUCUCCAGGUCACCGCCUGCAUCCUGGUCGUCUACUUGGUGACCACCACGCUGCCCCAGCGUGCCUCGGAUGUCGCCUUUGGCAGAGGCUACAGUGCGCUAUGGAAGUGGGCGGGCCGCAGAACGGGCGGUAGACCCGCUGUUGACGACGGGAGCGUGGCUGGCGGACUGAGGGUCGUUGUCUUUGGCGCCAGUGACAUGGCAACCAUCCCGGAUGGUGAUGAUGCCACUAGCGAGACGACCUGGAGUGAGGUCAUGUGCACCGAGCUGGACUGCUCGACGUACAUAUCACUUGUCCCAAAGGCGCCAUCUCGCGCUCUCUCGUCCAACACUCUUUACGCCUCGGUGGCGCUGCCCAAGGCUGACGCGGACCCGGAGAAUCCGACACCACCGGGGCUUGACUACUCCUUCUACCCAGAGCUGUUCCCCGUGCCAUCCGACGUGCCCGACUUCAGCAAGCAGGUGACCGAGUUUCUGUCUCGGCCCCGACCUCAGCUUCUUCCCAAGGAAACGCUCUGGGUCUUCAACUUUGGCCAUUGGGACAUCUGGAAUUUGGCAGCACUGCCUCUUAAAACCAGCCAGCCUGUCGUCGAGGCCAUGGUGGACGAAAUUGCCCUCAACAUCGAGAGGCUAUACAUUGCUUCCGUGGACGAAAAGUCUAUUGCGCACUCGGAUUUUCUGUUCCGGAACUCGACUGCUGCUGCGACAUGGGCAGACGGCAAGGCCGCGAAGGGCACGGCGCGUGCGCAGGCCAUCGCAGAAGCUCAGGAGGCCGCGAAAAACGAGCCUGAGGAAAAGGAGACGUUCCGGGUUGUGGUGCCCAUGAUCUUUGACCAGACACUCGCCCCGGGGUGGAGGACGGAGCGGCCCAGCGUGCCGGCGCCGCACUCCAAGGCAGAGCAGCAGCGCAACGCGGCCACCCUCACGGAGCUGUGGAACCAAAAGCUGCAGAUGGUGGUCACGGAAUGGGCCAAGAAGGAGAACCCGAAGCCCCAAGACGAGGCCCCGGCUUCCGCCGACGACGUGAAGGAAGCUAGCCGGGAGGAGCGGGAUGGGCCUAAGCCGCUCUCGCGGCGGGCAGAUGAUGCAAGCAACGGGGGCGCCCAGCCCGCAGCAUCCACCACGGACGCGCCGUCGUUCAGGAUGAUCAGCCGCAGGUCCGACAAGGGGGAAAACCAGGAGCAGUCGCACCCACCCCCGCCAAAGGCCUACCCGUUGCGCGACGCCAUUAUCUACGACCUGCAGGAGUACCUGACCGAGAUCAUGGUGGAGCGGCAGCUCCGCAACGUCGGCUACGUCGACCAGAACGGGCUUGGCAGCAAGCCCGAGGCGCAGGGGUUCAGCGACAUUCAGACGCCCUGCGUCAAGCGCGCGGCGAAGGCGCCACCGCCGCCGCCGCCGCCGCUGUCAUCAUCGCCACCUUCCAUGCGGACGACCAAGAGGAGGAGCGGGUCCGACGAGAGGAAGCCGGCAGGGAAGGCCGCCGGGCUCGGCGGCGAGGUCUGCGACAGCCCGAGCGACCGCUUGUUCUAUACGGCCUUCACGCUGUCGCCGCGCGCCGUCGGCGAGAUGGGUCGCGAGAUCGCCGAGCUGGUCGUCGAGAACCACACUCUCAGGCAGUACUGGGAGUCUAAUGGGACUCGCUGA